UAAGCUUGUUAUCUUCUUUUCUCACAGCAGCAGUACAUUGCUUUAGAACAACGGACAAUGUUAUCAAUCAAAACCCUUUCAGACACCUUUGUAGGAGAAUGUUGGAUAUCUGUUAGUUGUUGUUUGUUGCUUGCCUGUCUGUAUGUUGGGAGUCUGUAUGUAUGGAAGGGCAGCUUACCCAGGGACCACCCAAAUACAAUAAAACGGCGUUUCACCAGUGUUUUGUGUGUGUCAGCUGUUGCACCACUAGUUGUAUUGGCCUGGACACACUCAAUGAAACUCAGGCCAAGUCCACCACUGUGGGCACUUCUGGGCAUUCGUCUGGAGGGCUUUGUACCUGCUGCUGUGCUGCCACUGACACUUACUAUGGUGCUUUUCCUUGGACCUCUGACCCAGCUAGCAGUUGAAAGCCCAAGAGGACUUUUUCAUGAUGUUAAAGCAGGUUUAACAGAUUGUCAGUCCUGGAGCAAACAGGUGAAAGAUUUGAAAUGGUUGAGGAAUCAUGUGGUGGCCCCGUUAACAGAGGAGUUUGUUUUUCGAGCUUGUAUCAUCCCCAUGUUGGUGCCAUGCACUGGUCCCACAUCUGCCAUCUUCAUUAGUCCGCUCUUCUUCGGUGUGGCCCAUUUUCAUCAUAUCAUUGAACAACUUCGCUUUGGACAAGACACUGUUUUUGACAUCCUAAUUUGUGCAGCUUUUCAGUUUACUUACACCUCAGUUUUUGGAGUUUACACUGCCUUCAUAUUUAUAAGGACGGGUCAUCUUGUGGGACCCGUGCUGUGCCAUUCGUUUUGCAACCGGAUGGGUUUUCCAGCCAUUGGCUCAGUUUUGGAGCAUCCACAAAAGUCUUUGAUCCUGCUCUUCUACCAGCUUGGUGUUCUGCUCUUCUUCAUCCUCCUCUUCCCCUUCACAGACCCAACAUUCUAUGUUCAGUCAUGGUGAUGAAGACCAGUCUGUUGGAGAACAUCCCCUUAGAGACAAGCAGAUAACUAAACAAACAGACACACAGAGGUAAAAAAAAAAUACCUGGAAGUCUCAGUACAGUGCUCCCCAUUUAUGCACUACAGCUUUUCAAAAUCUCUGGAGUUUAGUAGUCAGCAUUGUGUGUCUUCCUUCUAACAUGGCGUUCUGUCUAAUUUGGCUUUGUUUGAUCGUGAUGCUCACUGAUUUGACACCCUCCAAAAUGUCAGUAGUGCAAAACAUUUCCUGCAAGUACAAAAUUUCCUGUGCUUUUAUUUGCCAUCCAUCGUCUCAGGUCACAGCUCUACGAAAUCUUCCACAUGACCGCUCCUGCCAAACACACAUUUCUGUGGAAUGCUGGGAUUGAAGGGUAUGUGAUUUCAAAGCAUCUGGUGGGCAUCAGCCACUGUCAGUCUUCCAAUUAUAACUGCUAAUCAACACAGCAAACCGUUCAAUGGUCAACAAAAGGAUUUCCACAAAAAACAAACACAGGUUUUGAGUCUAAAACUGAGUACGUGUCAGCAGAGCUGCGCUGAGAAUGAAAAACCUGAGCGCUCUUUUCUCCUUGGAGUGAUCUGAAUGGUUCUGCUCUGCUGAGGUAGGCUGAGGCUCCAGGAAACUUUAAUUCCAGGGUCCUCCUGAGGCCUGCUGGAAACCCAAACGCAGCGUAUCUGGGAGCCGAAACAAGAGAAGCUCCGUGGGAUGCAUUGGGGUGUCUGAGGUUUAUUACCUUUGUGUAAACAAAAUUGUUGCCCUUUGCUUUAUCUACAUUGACCCUCAGGUGUGAAGAACUUAAGAAAUUCAGUAGCCAAGAGAGUUUAUAUGCUUCAUAUUGUAACAUUUAUUCCAGUGAACAGAAUGGUUCACCCAGUUGUCAGACAGUAGGAUUUUCCGUGAUGAAUUAACCGUCGCUCUCGGGAGCAUUGGCUGACUUUUUUGUGGUCGGAGGCUUAAUGCAAUUUCGAGGGCAGCCAUUGUGUUUUGAAACUUUGAAGCAUUCCCUGGAUGUAUUGGCUCCUGGAACCCAUGGUGAUUGUUAAUGUGUUCACCAUUUGCCCGUUAUAUAUUCACAUAUGUGUUUCAUCGGCCUCAUGUGAAUAUAUGGUUUUCCACUGGCAGUGUCAAUGACAAAACCGUCAGUGCUGGUGAAAUAUGGCACUAUAGUUGGUGUAUCCUGAAACCAAAUAUCGGUUUGUUUUGUGCACUGGUGAUUUAUUCGCCAUUCUGCGUCGAAGGCGUUCUGUUUUUCCAAUAACCACGAGGAGCUAUCAGUAUCCACCAACACAGAGGAGGAAAAAUGGCUCGCUGUGCUGAACUGUAGCUCAUUGUGUAAUUACAUGCAGUAAUAAGAACGGCAGUCAUGUUAAGCAUAUUAAGAACCUUCCAUUGGAGGAACACAUUGUUUUAAUGAUUGAAAAGUACAAUAUUGGAGUCUGGUUGAGGUCAGCGGGUUGCCUUCGGCUAUAGACAGCCAGAGAUCAUGGAAAUAACGAGAGUUUUGACAUCAUGACUCUUUCUCUCCCCUAUUUCCAGACCUUUUCUGCUUUAUUGGUCUCUUUUGCAGCAAUUUCACAGACAAAAUAUGGAAUAUCUGAUCAUCUUUUAAUUCAUUUUCCACUUCACGCUGCUCAAACUUGCCCUUUCUCCCUCAUAAGCAGGUGUCAGCUGGGCUUCAUCGGACUGUCCUUUAUGUUUAUUAUCAAGGUGAAGAGUUAGACAUUGAUAGACCUGCAAUCCCCAUUAAGGGAUAUGAUCAUCACUUUUGGAAAGCCAAAGUAAACUUUGCACAGAUGCUUGUGCAUUGACUUACAGUAGAUUUUUAGGAUCUAAUGGCAUUACAGUUUGCUCCAUGACAAGAGAGGAAUUUAGCGUUUUAGCAUUGUUGCACUGUAAAACCCAACAGUCUACUUUAUCAAAUGAAACUAGAGAAGUAAAGUUCGUAGACAAACUUCAUGGUGACUUGAAAAGAGCUUCAUUUGAAAAUUUGAAGUGUAAAAGUUUAAAUAAUUGAAGUAGUUUUUAGACAGUUUGAAACACUUGCACAGAUAGAUAACUAUAUAUAGGCUAGCAUGUUUCAAGCAUGGUUUGCCUUGUUUCUUGCUAGGUGGUUGUUAGGGUGUUCUAAGUGGUUGCUAAGGUGUUGCAAAGGUGUUCUGAGUUGUUGCUAGGUCGUU